AUGCAUCCGAUCGCCGGUAAGACUUUGCUGGUGCUCUGCUGCUCGGCGCUGCUCUCGGCCGUCGUGUCGGGCGCACCGAGCUCCUGCACCAAGCUGGACCUGCAGACGGAUCCGUUCUCGUGCUGCACCAUCCCGAAGCUGCUCGACCUGACCGUCGUCAGUAAGUGCUUCGAGCAGUUCCCCAUCGAUGCGGCCAGCGACAGCUCGAAAGGCGCCAGCGGCAUCCCGCAAACCGAUUGCAUGUCCGAGUGUAUCCUGAACAGUACGUCGAUCUACAAUGCGCGGGGCGUGCUGAACGAGAAAACACUGAACAGUGUGUUUAUCGAUAGCCUACCCCAGAACAGCCCAUGGCUGAGUGUGGUUCGAGGCGCGGUCAAGGACUGCCUGGCGAAGUCGUCCAGACAGAACAAGGACUUCAGCAAGUCGGUCGCCGACCAGAAGAAGACCACCGGCAGCAAUGGCGGCCGGGUGUGCAAUCCGCAGGCUAGCUUCCUGGUCGACUGUAUCCACACGACCGUGUUCAGUAACUGCCCGACGACGCUGCGCUCGACCACGAACGAGUGUGCCACCAUCUGGACGUUCCUGCAGAACUGUCCCUUCAGCGCCCUCCGUCAGUGA